AUGAGAAUUGUUUACGAUUGUAGUUGUCGAAAAGUAACCGGAAGUGCCAGUCUCAAUGAUUGUUUAAGGUCAACGCCACCGGAACUCAAUGAUCUGACACUGCUUCUGAUGAAGUUUCGAAUAGGACAGUACGGUGUUGUCUCUGACAUAGAGAAGGCAUUCCUCAACGUUAUGCUACAUGAAGAUGAUCGUGAUGUCACAAGAUUCCUUUGGCUGUCGGACCCUACAGACCCAUGCAGUGCACUGACGACAUACCGUUUCCGAGCUGUUUUAUUCGAAGCAACGUGUUCCCCAUUUAUUCUAAGCGCAACAAUUCUGAAGCUCUUGACCCUGAACAAAGACAACCCAGCUGCGAGCACAAUCAGCAAUGACCUAUACGUCGACAACGUCGUUUCAAGUUUCACAUCAGAGACUGAUGUACUGAAGAACUUCCGCCAGGCACGCGAGUUGAUGGCAGCCGGCGGCUUUAACCUGAGAUCAUGGACGUCAAGCGAACUGAGGACUAUGGCAGAAGCUGAAGGUGUCGUAGACAGGGAUGCUGUGAUAAAGGUGUUAGGUUUGCUAUGGGAACCGGAAAUAGACCAGAUGUCAUUUAUCAUGCGCUCCAUAAAUUCCAAGGAAAAGGCUACUAAGCGUGGACUUUUACAGCAGACGUCGACGAUGUAUGACCCGCUUGGCAUGUUAGCCCCAGUCACCAUUCGUGCAAAGUUGCUGAUUCAGGACCUAUAG